AUGGCGCCUCUGCUGACGUGGUGCGUGCUGCCGGUCGUGGACCAGGCGGGGCUGGCCACGUUCCUGGGCGUUUUCCUCACCUUCGGCCUUGGCGGGAAUGUGCUGUACUACACGGCCAGCGCGUGGGACCGCACGGCGGGCGAGUGCCACGCCAGCGUGGGGGACCGGGUGCUGGCCGUGCACCGCGCAGCGCUGCUGAGGCUGCUGCCGCCGCUGGCCAGCGGCGGCUGCUUCCUGGUGCUGCUCGCGUCCCUGCUGCGGCCCCUGCGAGAGAUGGGCCUGUUCGCUGGGGUGUGCGCGGUCUGCAGCUGCGCCCUCUGCCUCGCCAUCUUCGUCCCCCUGCUGGUGCUCCGGGAGCGGUCCCUGGCGCCCCGCCUGGAGCGGAGCGGGCUGCCGGGGUGGCUGAAGGCUGCCCUCGAGCCGCAGGCCUGCGCCGCCGUCCCGUGGGAGCGGGCCGCGGCGGGGUGCGUACAGGUGGCCGCCGUCAGGGGGAAGUGGCUGCUGGUGGGCGCGGCCGUUGCCGUGUUCAUCAUGUUCUGCAUCACCGUGGGCGUCACAGCAGUGUCUGACGGCGGGGCAGGGCUGCCCGAGGUCUUCUCCCCGGAUCAUCCGAGGGCGGCUCGCCGCGCCGUGGAGGAGGUCUUCGCAGCAGUGCAGCCGUCGGUCGAGCAGGGGCCCCAGGAGACAAAGUUCUGCGAGCCGCACGUGGACAGCGAGUGCGGCCUCUUCUGGUGCAACACCUUGAGCAGCGACCUCGGGCGGCCAAAGGACACGACCGGAGCGGAGUGCACGUGCCAUCGGGAGGGCGAUGGUGCGUGCUCGAGAGUGACGGUCCGCACCAGGCUCUCCGGCUCGGACGCGGCCCUGCAGGGCGAGGACGACCUGAAGCUCUUCGUGGAGGACGUCGUCAAUUCGACGUUGGGCCUCUCGGCCGCCGAGUGGGCGGACGCGCCCGACGCGUGGCCGCAGCGGACGCUGGCGCUGGAGAGCACUGGCUGUUCGGGGAGGUCGCCCUGGAGCCGCUCCUGGAGCUGCCUCCCCUGCGCGCCGGCACCGGCGCGGACGAGUGCGAGGUGCGCCUCACGUGCCACUGCGGCGCGCGCGCGUGCGAUCUCCCCGCCGACGCGGCAGCGAGGGCGAGCGUCAGCGUCAGCCACCACGAGCUGGCGAGCGCCCGCCGCCUGCAGGCGGAGGGCCCAAGGCCCACCGAGGAGAAUUCGCGGCGCCCUCGCACGCGGCCGCCGGGCCCAGCGCCCUGGAGGCCGCGGGCCGCCGGCUGCAGCAGCGCGGCGGCACGGCGCGCUCAGAGGUGAACGUGGUCUUCGGCAUAGCGGCCCCCGAGACCAGUAG